AUGAGGGGAUGCCUCACAUGUCGUCUGCGCCAUCUCAAAUGUGACAAAUCCGGCUCAAAAUGUAUUCGUUGCCAACGCUCUGGUCGCGAAUGUGUGCCGGCCCCCGGCAAAUCUGAAGAAGUCUCUUUCCGCCACGGCCAGAAUCCAUCCUUGCGAGGAAAGGGGCCUCCGAGAUAUGGCGAGAGUGAUCUUGCUUUUCCGGAUGACCAGGUUUGGGUCGAGACCUCUUCCGAUUAUGACUUCAAGGAUGAAACAGCUCAGACGGCAGCUGAAUACUAUGUUGUGCCUGUGAGGCAGGUAUCAGCUUCAACCUCUGAACGUUCAACACCUUCUACAAUGGAAUCUUUGAACCUCACUGCUUACGCAGGAUCUCAAUUGGGCUCUAGAUCGAAUUCUGUGAAUUCUCCACGUGCACCUACCACGCUCAUUGGCCAACCGAGGCUAUCCAACCUGACCGAAGCCUUUCUUUUGCGCCAUUUUCAAAAGUACCUUGCCCCCUGGCUUGAUGCAUUCAACCCUGAACGACACUUCUCGACAGAUGUCAUCGAACGUGCCACUCAAUCUCCAUUACUACUAUAUGCAUGUCUAGCAGUCUCAGCAUGUCACCUAUCCCGAACAACAAACUCCAUCGCCGGCGAUGUCGCACACGGAUACCAUGAACGCUGUAUUUCAAUCAUGCUCCCGGUUCUCGACAAACCCGAGUUUGAAAUCGGAAUCGAAAUCCUUCUCUCAUCAACAGUUAUUCUACGAUUUUUCGAAUCAAUCUCCUCCCAUAGUCCCCCCAACGACCAACAACACCAUCUCCUGGCCGGUUCGGUAUAUGUCAGCUCCCAUGUGGACUCUGCUAUCGCGGGCGGACUAGCAUCGGCUUCGUUUUGGGCCUAUGUCAUUCAAGACAUUCAGUUCGCCCUUACCUACCAGAAAUGCCUUCGACUAUCAUUUGCGCCAUUCGAUGACCGACUACGACGCUGGUGGGUUACCAAGCCAGUCUUGAGUGACGGCGACUGGACGAACCGGGCUAUAUGGCUGCUGGCCGAGACUAUCGAUUUCUGCUAUAAUAUCUCAGGCCGAACCCAUGAUAGUAGACUCGGGAGCGCGGGUGAGGCUGCGCUCAGGCAUCGCAUUCUGGAGUGGGAGCUUGGUCGACCUGAUACGUUUGUGCCAUUGCAUAUUUCGCCGCCGGAUCCUGGGAGUGGGAAGCCUUUUCCUGUUGCUUGGUAUACGAGUUUGUGGCAUGCAACUGCAAUUCAGCACAUUUGUCUCACUAAAGCGCUAAUGCUCAUUCGCGAACUCGAGUUUUAUGAUCGCAGCAUGUUGCAUUUAGAGCAGCCUGUCAAAUUAAGGAGUGACCUAGCUAGAACGCUUAACUUCAUGUUUGGCAUCGCCAUAUCUGCCGACGAUGAUCCUUCACUGCGUAUCACGGCUUGCCAUGCACUUUUUGCUUGUGGCUCAUGGGUGGAAGACCCUGUUGUCCAGAAUUUGCUGAUUGAUCUCCUUCGCCGAACGGAAAGGGAGAAUGGCUGGCCAUGGGGAUAUGUACACAACCAAGUUGUACAAGCAUGGAGGACGAUGUAG